GUUCCCUUGGUAACUCCUGUCUGCCUGAUAUUUUCUUGAUUAAAGUAAAAUGAAAUUGCCAAUAAGUCUCUUCAUUUUCCAAAACGCUGUUUUUCUUCUGUUUUUCAACGAUUCAUUUUGCGCACCAUCACAAACAAGCGGAAAACGGAUAAAACAUCAGAUUUCAGUUGAAACUGGUGUAGAGAAUUCUUAUACCAGGAAUGGCGAUUCGAUUCUCACGAAUGAAGAGAAUUUAUACGACAUGGAACAGCUUAUAAGAGACUUGGAGCUACGCGAUAAACAAAGCAAUGAUUUGGUGCAAGAAUUCAAAAAUCUGGGAGAUUAUUUUACAAAUUCCGAGGAUAGUACUAAACCAAAUCAAACCAUUUUAUUUGAAGUAAAAGCCGUGUGGCAACGUAUAAUUGACAGUAAUUUGAGUGAAUUUGCAGAUUACUUCACUAACCUCGAGUUGAGAAAGGAAAUGGCUCGAAUACUUUUCAUUGCCGGAGAACGCUUCUGCGAGUCUCCAGAUGAAACGUUUUUUAACGGUCAAUGUCUUCCUAUUGGCAGUAGUGAACACUGCCCAUCAGAAAAUAUGUCACUAGUCGACGGACCAGACAACAAUGGAUUUUGUGAUUGUCUCGACACAAAAGGAGAGAACAAUUUACAGAUAAUUUUUUCGGAUCAAACUGGCCGAUGCUAUUCACAAAAUACUCGGGGUCCUUGCAACGUUGGUGAAUGGUUCGUGCUGAAUGACAUUCCCCGUUGCGAAUCCAUUCCAAAUGAAUGUCCAGAUGAUGGUCGACACGUCUACGGAUAUAUGAAAACCGAUUUAAAUUCGGAUUCUUCUUCAGAAGCAGGCUGCUGGGAAAUAGGGAGAACAUGUCCUGAUGAAGUGUCAGUAGUGCAGGUACAUGUACACCAGCAAGACGAUUACGGAAACUUGGAUGUAUUCUGCUUGUAUGACUGGAAGCUACGCCUCAAACAACUCGAGGAUUUGGUGCAAGUGUUCAAACAUCUGACAGUUCAUUUUACAAAUUCUGUUGAGUCGAACCAACUAGUAAACCAAACCUUUCUAACUCAAGUAAAAGACGUGUGGCAACGUCUGGGCGGCAGCAGUGUUUUAACGGAUGCUUUGCAUCGUCAUUUAGAUGACGUCACUCAGUUUGACCUGAAAAAGAACAUGGCUCGAAUACUUUUCACUGCCCGGGAACGCCUCUGCGAGUCUCCGGAUGAAACAUUUUUCAACGGACAGUGCCUUCGUGUUUACAGUGAUGAACUAUGUGGAAAUAUGGGUCAUGCACAAUUAGUCGACGGACCAGAUAACAGAGGGUUUUGUGAUUGCCACGGCACAGGAGACAAUAAUUUAAAGCAAAUUUUUUCGCAUCAAACUAGUCAAUGCUAUUCACAAUAUACUCGGGGUCCUUGCAACGUUGGAGAAUGGUUCGUGCUGAAGGACAUUCCCCGGUGCGAAUCGAUUCCAAAUGGAUGCCCAGAUGAUGGUCGACACGUCUACGGAAAUAUCAAAGCCAAUUUCACUUCAGAUCCUUCAACAGAAGCAGGUUGCUGGGAAAUAGGACAAAAAUGUCCUGAUGAAAUGUCAGUAGUGGAGGUGAAGCAACAUAAAGAUAGAAACUUUGAUGUAUUUUGCUCAUCUUUUUACAAUGGAUUCAUUGCUUCCUCAAUUGUUCCGAAUUCCUUAGUUGUUCAUAAGCCAUGUCGUAAAGGUUUGCUGAGUAGCAGAGACGGCAAUUGUGUGCGUGGGUUUUUUGGGUAAAAACUAAUUUAUUGUUUUUUUUGAAUGUCCGUUGGAAUUACUUUAACUCCAUAUACUUUCACAUCAACUUCUCCUUCUGGCCUUCUGGUGAAAUUUUUCGAUGAUCAUUUAAAUUUAAUACAUGAUAUACAUCAGUA